GCGGAUAUGCCACGGCGGACUAUCAGUCGCUGUUGAUAUGGCGACCAGGGCUCAUCUUACCACGACGUUCUCUACAGUUGUCUUAGUUCUGCUGACGUUUGCCGUGAUACCUGCCACCUCUGAUGAGUUCAAUGCUGCUGAGGGUCAAAUAGUCUGUUACGAGUGUUUCAACAUAGUGGAGGGUGUGUUCCAGCCUCAUUGCCCCAAGAACGGCUCCGUGGGGCCGUGGACGUGGAAGAUCAACUGUACCGGAAGUUGCUACACCAGGACAGACGACCAGAACCCAGACUUGAUAUAUCGGGGAUGUACGGACAACCAGCCUUUCCUACCGAACCCCCCUGCCUAAAGUAGGGUGUUACCCCUUCUACCUGGAAGUGUGGUGCAUCUGUGGACACAGCGGUUGUAAUGGCGGCCCCAUGGGUAAGCCAGGCAGUGUGGAGUUGGAUGCGCAUCUACCCAAGGAAACAGAAAAAGAUGAGAACAAUGCUUACAGCAUACUGGGUGUGGACAUGUGGAGGAUCCGACUGGUUGUGUGUGGCUUGUUGACUGUGUACAUUGUUCUACAAGGGACAAUAGGAUGAUGUCAUGCGACUAUGGAGUGGACUCAAGAUUGAACUCCUCAGUGUUUAGAUUUGAUGAAAAACAAAACAAGAAUAUGUGUCUGAGAAAAAACUUAGAGACUUGUUAAAAUUUUUAAAAGCCAUACUUUUAUGGGUUUUUAAAAAAAACAACCCAGGAGUUUGACAUGUAAUUUUAUAUUAGAGAUUUAGAGGAUUAACGAAGAAAAUAUUUCUUUAGAUGACAACACCAAGUGGAGGGUGUUGUAAGGGGGGUGUUUACAUCAUGAACUUGUGAUGUUUUUGUCCAAAGUUAGGUAUGGGUGGGGGGAAGGGGGUGAGAUUUGUCAAGGGUUGUCAUAUUACAAAAGUAGGUACUAUAUAUGGCCCUUUUGCUCCAUAAUAGGAAAAUAGCAAAGGGAGGAUCGAAUGUAUUAUUAACCCUUCCGAUAUGUGUCACAUAACUUUUAACGUAAUUAUAUACAAUAACAGAUAGGAUGAAGUAUUGCCUUGUUGUUUCAGUAAAAUAUACUAUUGGAAUUAUGAUGUAAAUUAUGCUCAAUAAAAUGUGUAAAACA